GUGUUUCGUUCUGUCGUACAUAGGGUCACUAUGAGUCUGAACCGACUGGAGGGCACCUAACAGCAGUGGCAUCAGGCCCUAGAAGACUGUGGCUUGGGUGCCGAGCACGCAGUUGCGACCAAGUACGGAGAUUACUGGGGUCACUUCAGGCGCAGCUGGUAGGCAGUUCACACCAGUUUGAAAAUAUCUUUAAAACUCAAGAUUGUACCCCUUGCUUGCUCAGUCCACGGGCCUAGUUAGCAGCCACAAAAAUCAGGAUAGCCCGUCUUCUUCACUCUGCCCCAUCUAGUCGAUCACGAGCAGAGGCUAUCUCCCAGGAAGCUCCGACCUGCCAGUGACUAAACCCUGCGCAACGAGUCCAUGUCUAUCGACCGCGCCUGCGCGAGAAGGCCAGCUCCGCCGGGGUCCGGCAAGGGCGGAGAGGAAGGGUAGGACGCCGCUGCGUGGGGCGGGACCAAGAGACUCGUCGCGCCUGCGCGAAGGGCAGGACGGUGGGCUGAGACGUUACUUUCGAAACGAGUGGCGGGGAACUGCUGCAAGAGCCGCGGGGGCCGCUGUUUACCCGGUGAAAGUGCGCGCCUUCGUCUGUGGGUCCAGCCAUGGCGCUGCAGCUCACCCGGGAGCAGGGCAUUACCCUCCGCGGGAGCGCCGAAAUCGUGGCCGAGUUCUUCUCAUUUGGUAUUAACAGCAUUUUAUAUCAGCGUGGCAUAUAUCCAUCUGAAACCUUUACUCGAGUGCAAAAAUAUGGACUCACCCUGCUUGUGACUACUGAUCCUGAACUCAUUAAAUACCUAAAUAAUGUGGUGGAACAACUAAAAGAUUGGUUACACAAAUGUUCAGUUCAGAAACUGGUGGUAGUCAUCUCAAAUAUUGAAAGUGGUGAGGUCCUUGAAAGAUGGCAAUUUGAUAUUGAGUGUGACAAGACUGCAAAAGAUGACAGUGCACCCAGAGAAAAGUCUCAGAAAGCUAUUCAAGAUGAAAUCCGUUCAGUGAUCAGACAGAUCACAGCUACAGUAACAUUUCUGCCACUAUUGGAAGUUUCGUGUUCAUUUGAUCUAUUGAUUUAUACAGAUAAAGAUUUGGUUGUACCUGAAAAAUGGGAAGAAUCAGGACCACAGUUCAUUACCAAUUCUGAGGAAGUCCGUCUUCGUUCAUUCACUACUACAAUCCACAAAGUAAAUAGCAUGGUGGCCUACAAAAUUCCUGUCAAUGACUGAGGGAUGAGCUGAGAAAAAUAGUAUACUUGAAAUUCUCAAUGUGUUUUCCUGAAAUGAAGUCAACUAUAAGUUGAUAUGUUUUAUUUCAUUGGUUAAUUUUUAGAUGUGGGAAACAACAUUAUACUCUACUGAACUGUGCAUAAUCCAUUUUUUGUACCUGUUUAAUGUUCCAUGGAGUUGACAUCAUGAAUUAGAGGAGAUUAUGGUAUCAUCCCCUCAUUAAUAUAUUCAGCUAAAUAGGUUAGCUGAAUAUUGCACAUUGUUCAAAAGGGAACCAGCAGAUUUCAUCAGCAUUGUAAUGUCAAUUCCUUUGAAGGUGGCAACUGUAGUUGGAAAAACUUUUACUAUAAAGCUAAAUACCUUCCUAAAUCAGAUAUUUUGGUUAAGUAGCUUGAGUCAGAAUAGAGGUAGGGUGAUAUUGUAAAUUACAGCAAAAGAAGUCUGAAUAUUCAGAAUCUUUGUUUAGAUCCUGAAAAUAACUAAGAUAAUCCAUAAGUAAUGAAAUAUUGAGGUCCUUCCACCAUUUAUUUAGAUGUGUAGUUCCCCGUUGAAAAAAUUUCCAAUUAUUUGAUUUUAAUUUAUACAACUUGUACCUAUGAAGCAUGAAUGUUUCUACUGUGUAAUUUCCUGUGAUAGAGAACUCUUUGAAAAUGUCUUUUUGUGUUUGAUAAAAUGAAGCUUUAAAUGACAAUGGUGAAAUAAAGUUAAGCUUGUGUGUUUUAAAUUUGUCUUAAAAGAUUUUGAUAUUGGUGUUAAAUGGUAGCUAGGAUGGGUUCAGUAUAGUAAAUAAUUUUUUUGUGUUAACCAGGGUGUAGGUCCAAAGCAUACAAAGAUGAGUAAAUCUUGAGGCACUUUCAGUUUAUUGGGUUUUGAUUCCACCACUUUUAUCUCAUAACAAUUGACUUGAAAUAAGCAUUGGUUGUUUGUAUAAAAAAUGUCAUUUGGAAUUAGUUCAGUUUAGCAAAUGUUGGAUUGUAGUACCUUUAGGAGUUCAUGGGUGGCACGAAUGGUUAAGUGCUGGACUACUAACCAAAAGGUAGGUGGUUCAAACUCACCUAGAGGCAACUUGGAAGUAGGGCCUGGCAAUCUGCUUUCAAAAUUUCACAGCCUUGAAAACUAUGAAGCAGUUCUACUCUAUAUACAAUGGUUGCUAUGAGGUAAAAUCAACUCGAUGGCAACUAACAGUAACAACAAAAUACCUUUCUAUACUCUUAGCCUUACCUGCUUGCCUUAUGUGUAAGAUUUCUCACUGUAUCCUUUAUGUGGCCUUUUCUUAUUGUCAGCUUAGUUUUCUUUGUAUACUUACACAGCUUAUUCCUGUGCUUGUAUUAUUAUUGUCAUCAGGUGUGUUCUUUCUAUCCAGUUCCCACCUAUUUUUCCAAGGUCAGCUUAAAGCACACUUCCAAGAAGUCUUCCAUAAUCUCUGUUCUAAAUCUUGUCUCAUUUUAUAAUAAUUAAAUAAGUAGCUACGAAGUAUUAGACACUGUUCUAAGCUCUUUAUGUGUAUUAACUCAAUUAACCUUCACUGUUAAGUGAAUACACAGUCUAUAUCCAUUUAUUCAACAGUUACAUAUUGAGCAUCUGUUAAUGUGCAAAAAUACUGUACGCAAGUGCCAGGAUGAAUGAAACAAAGUCCUGGACUUUCUGAAGCUAAAAAUCUUAUGAGGGAAAGGAAAAUAUAUUGCAGAGGACUGUAAAGUAAUCACGCAUGUUCAUUUAAUUACGUAUUUCUUUGUCUUCGUUAGUGCACCUGAUGAAUCAUAUCUCCUGGAUCCAGCUGUGUACUUGUUAAGAAUAAAGAGCAUUGUCUUAAACAUUCUUUCAUCUCAGUGCUUGGGAAAUAGGUGCCCAUGUUUGAUGAUAGCUACAGUGAAUGCUGCUGAGAGAGCCCACCACCUAAGGAGUUGUUGAAGCUACCUAAAUGAGGUCCAGGUGACUAGAAAGGGUCAUCCACAAGUCUUUUUUCCUGAAUAAGAAGAGUAGUAAUGCAGAAAUGGAAGUGACGUUGAAUUAGGCAUAAUCAAAAGUCUCUAGGUUUCCAAACAACAUUAGGUGUAAUACAAAGUGGACAGUAUUAAGAUUAAAACAUUCAUUUGUUUCUUAGACUGUUCAUAACCUCUAGCAUUUGAAAUACAGGUUGAGAAGGAAAGCAGAGAUAGAGCAUUGGAAUAAAUAAGGAGAGAGGAAAAUUCUGGUCCUAUUUUCAGGAAGUAAGUUUGAAAAUCUUUAUAGAAAGCAAUAACUGCUUAGCCUUCAAGAAACAUUGAAUGCCUAUGUAGUAAACAAUAGAAAUAAUAAGACGUGGUUCUUCCCCAAAAGGAGCUCACAUACUACUGAUAACAUUAAAAUUUCAAGCAUUCAUGUCUUUAUUCGGCAAAUUAAGUGAUUCUAUUUUAAUUUGUGGUUUAUUACAGUGCUGACUUCCUUUUAAGAGACGUGCAGAAAUUAAUGCUCUGGAUUUUAAUGUUUCUCUUUCAAAAUUAGUUUUAAUAAUAGGACUUCUGCUGUAUGAUCUACGGGUACAACUCUAUAGUACCAACCCUUCAUCAGCUAAGCGCUUGCUUUGAAAAUAGCAAAAACUGGUUAGGGAAGGUUUAAUGGGAGAAGGUUAACUGCUUAAGGAAUGAAAGGCUGUAAACCUGAGAACUAGGGCAGCAUUAGAGUUCUCAGUGACAGAAACUGUGGAUUCUAUAUUUCUGUGUAAUAAAUAGACCACUGGUGUUUAC